CGUUUUCCAUCACGAAAGGGGAUCAUCCAUCCGGCGAACAGAACUCAUCCAUCUCUCAUGGCAAUCUCCAUCUCCGCUUGUGCAACUCCUCACUGAACCAACUCAAGUAAACAAUGCAAAUUCGUUGGUCAAUCUGUGAGAGCAUUGCCAACUCGGAUCAUAACGGUGGGAAGAAGAGGUCCCCAGGUGUGCAGUUGCUGGUAGAUGGGUAUAUCGAUAAGUUCAGAAACUAUUGUCCUGUUGAUGAUGUUCUAAUUCGGUCUUAACCCCAAAAAUGCAGAGAUGUGAGGGCCCAGGUUGAUGAUGAAGAUAUGGCUGUCAUUAACCAUCUCAGGUUGUGAUGUUGGAUGAGCAUGGAUUGGAUAUAGGGUCUGAGCGGUUUGCUGAAUUAGUAGGAGCUGCAGGGAAUAAGGUAGGCUUUAAUUAAUCAAGAAAGUCAUUGCUAGUGAUCUUGUCAAAGGCAUCUUACUUUUUGGUUUACAAGGGAGCUUCAAGGUUAUUAUUUUGUAUUGUGGUCGUGGAAGACAAAUACAAGAACGUGCUAAUAUAUCAGUCAUCUUCAAUGGUCUUGAAUCAUCAAAUUGCACUUGUUGUGCUCGUGGAACAACUUUACAGAUAAGAGUAAUACCAACUUAUAUGCUACUGCAUCGAUAAUGAUUACUUCAAACUGAGGUCAUAUUUGUUUGAAAUGGGGGUGGUAAAAACAUCUGUGUUCGUUGCAAAUGAACUUUUUGAAUUGUGACAGUUUGAAAAACUUACAGAAUCUAGCUGCUUCUGACUGAGCUUUCAUCGCAUUACCGUAGAUAAUCUUUAUUACUUUAUGUGCUAGGAGAAGUCAAAGAGCGUUCUCUAAAGGGCCAUUUUUUUUCAGGUCAUGGAAUAUUCUGAAGGGGCAGAAGUACCAUCAUUAGAUAUUUCUCUUUUUCUUAACCAUUCAAUAAGUCGCACACGCAAGCAGUAUAUCUAAAGAACAGCUUGGUUUGGCCAUUUGGAUCUAAGUUUCAAGCAUUCGGUGGUGAAGUGCGAUUGUGUCGAGUGGUCCUGGAUUUUCAAGUUACUACAUAUGAGCCACAUUCUAAAGAGGACCAACUUCUGCCGCAUUUUCAAAAAAAGACAUAUUAAUACUGAAGGAAAUCGUGACACCAAGAAGUCAGUCAAGAAAGGGACUUAUUGCUUUCAGUUUAAUCCAGUAAAAUAUUAUGAGUCUCUGGUUGAUAUGUCUCGUGUAACGUGAAAAUGUGUUUUGGAAAAUAUUGAAGAUAUGGGAAUUUUACGUAAGAGCUGUAUUAUUUUGGAUAUUUAACUCAAUUGAUAAAUUUGAUUAGGUGUA